CGCGGCCGCCCGACAGGUGGGACGCGGGCGGCGACUCCGGGCCUCGGCGCUCUCCCCGCGGUGAGGCGGGCAGGUGCUGUUGUCAGGAUUGAUCGGUGUUGUUUCAUGGAAGAGGCCCCUGUCCCUUGUGAUGAAAUCUGAGAGAAAUCUUUGAAUUAAAAAAAAAUGGUUGUCCUCUCUCCAAUACCCACCCCCAAGCAGAGAUUUGGUGUUUGGUUCCUGGAAUAAAGAGAUGGUCUGUGUAGUGGAGAGACAACGUCAGCAUAAACAGGUCAAGACUGCAGGAGAAAAGCAAGUGAAAGAAUGCACAGUGUGGGAGAAUAGCAGAGUCUGAAGGCACCCAUCACCUCGUGUGUCACUGCUGACUUUGAUACCUGUGUGAUGUUGAGAGGAGCUGCAGAACAUCCCUCUGCCUUAACAGAUCCCUUGAUCACUCCGCAGUAUCAUUUCAGCAUAACCUUUUUCAUGCUGCUCUCUGCAGUGUGUGUGAUGCUGAACUUGGCCGGGUCCAUUCUGUCCUGUCAGAAUGCUCAGCUGGUGAAGUCCUUGGAAGGAUGUCAGUUGAUUAAAUUCGACAGUGAUGGUGUCUGUGUUUGCUGUGAAAUGCAGCAUCAAACAUCAGGCUGCAGUAACUUGGGAGAAACACUGAAACUGAACCCUCUGCAGGAGUGCAAUGCAGUGAGGCUGACCCUAAAGGACCUGUUGUUCAGUGUGUGCGCUCUCAAUAUCAUCUCCACCAUUGUCUGUGCUUUGGCAACAGCAAUGUGUUGCAUGCAGAUGGUUUCUUCUGAUCUUCUGCAAAUGUUUCCCUCUUACAGCGUUUUUCACUUUAAUUUCUGUGCCUUCCAGCAGGAUGAUAUCACACAGUUUCUGCCACAGAGGCCACAUUCUGCCAAUCCUGACUGCAUGACUCCGCAUGGAACUGUCCUGCACCAAACCUUGGAUUUUGAUGAGUUCAUCCCACCAAUCCCCCCCCCACCCUACUACCCACCGGAAUACACCUGCACACCCGGGGGGGAGGCACAGAGAGGUCUCCAUUUGGACUUCCCUCAUUCCCCAUUUGGUGCUUUAUAUGAAGUAACCAUUAAUAGCCCAGGAAUGCUGUAUCCAAGUGAGCUGCCCCCUCCUUAUGAGGCAGUGAUUGGAGAGAUGCCUGCCAGUCAGGUCACUGGUGCUGCUCAGCAAGUGUCGGAAUCAAGUCUAGGGGAGAGGAACGCGACCCCAGAUUUCAGCACACAAGUUUCUGUUGAGAGCACCUCUUUGAUGGUCUCUGGGGCUGUUGAUAUCCCAGACCGUAGCUACUCCUCUGAAGAUCUUUGUUCGCUGGAAGUUCAAGGAUCUCUCCACUCUGCAGAUCUUUCUCCCUACUGCAUAACCCCCAAGGGGGCUGCAGACCUGAGCUGCAGUGCCCUGGAUUGCCACACUCACUGCAGGUUUCACAGAACUCUCUCAGAGGGCUUUCCUGAUGAGGGUGACAGUUCCCACAGCCCAGCCUCUACAGACAGGUCUCAAGGACAGGAAAAGAACUGUACCCAUGGCAGACCCUUGGACUGUUCCUCAGGGAAUUGCAGCCCCUCAGAAAGAGAACUGCAGAGUUCUGCUCAAGAGAGCAGUGCCACGCCGCCUUUGAAGCAAAAGAAAACCUGCUGUGUGGACUUUAGCCAGCCUCCUGCCCCUUUCCAGACCCCUCCCUGUUUUGGGCCUGCAAAUACUUCAUCGUGUGCAAGUGGCCACGAGGCUGCUGUCCAGCAGCAGCACAUUGCAAAACACCCAGCCUCAAACAUCGUCCGAUCCAGCAGUGCCCCCGUGUCCUGUUCAUCUGCCACUGAAGGUGAUAAUUGUGCCUGGACUCCUGUGUGCAGCCAGUGCCAAGAUGCAGGAUUAUUUCCAGCUACAGGAGAAACAGUUCCUGUUUCUGGUUCUCAUACGGCUGCCUCUGCUUGCCAGCAUUCUUUGAGCAGUUUCCUACCAAUUGGAAAACAGAGGGAUACAAGGAAAAUUGAUCUGCACCUAAAGCCAAAUGCUUUUCACACAGUCUCAAAAGAGCGGCCACACUCCUUAGUGGACCUUAAGGCCUAUAAAGACACUAAAAUUUUAGUGGCAAAAUUUUUGGAACAUUCAAACUGUAAUCUCCCUCCAGAAGUACGUCACGUAGUGAACAGCAUACGGUCAGUCAUUAAAUCUGAUGAGAGACACAUGGAAGAAGCCAUCUUCAGUGCCAAUAUCAUUGACCAGGUAAUUACGAGUUCCCAGCAGAAUGUGAACAGCUGCAGAAAGCGGCUCCAGGAAGAUCUGCACCUGCAGAGCUGUGGUGCUCUGAGCUCCCCCGCUGCCCUCGUGCGCCGGCCCCGGCUCGGCCGUGGUUUGGAGCGGGAGAGGCCGCACAGUUUAAUCGGAGUGUGCCGGGAGACCAUCCUUUGAGAAUAUUCACAGACUGGAGGAAGAGGAAAUGGUGAUGGUCCUGCACUACAGCCAGUCUCUAAUGCUAGUGUCAGCCCCCAGAAAGGCCAGUGGCUACCUGAGCUAGUUGUGUGGGAGUUUGCUUUGGAAAGGUGUCAGAGAACGGCUUGGGAAGGAAGAACUGCAAGAGGAGGACCCUGAGCUGCCUGGGUGAUAUGAAAAAUUGUAUCUGCUGGAAAUCUACAGGACCCACUUGUCAGAAGAUUACAUCUCUGUUGGCUUACAAUCUACAGCAUAGAGUUGUUGGAGUCCCCUGCUCUGCCACUUCAGAUACAAGUACCUAUUUCACUACAAACCCAAACCUGGAUAUACAACGGCAGUAAAGGAAGGUCAUCUUCCUUUGUCACAAGAGGUAUGGAAUGGCACAUCGGCACUUUUCACAACAGUGAAACAGGACGUACAGCAGAGAUGUACAGAACUCUAUGGGUCUAUAUAAAAAUUCUAAUCCAUAAUCUUUGUUAGGGAUGAAAAAAGAGAACUGAAAAAUAAACAGCUGAAUGUGUUCCUAAACACCAAAGGAUCAAGAGAGUAUGUUUGAGAGUAUGUUUGAAAGUAUGUACAACUACAGGUCAGUAGUCACAGGGAACCAGGACUGGGUAGAGGGCAGCCUUGUGCCAAGGCAGUAGAUGUUCUCAGGAACUUGGCUUCAGUUAGAAAGAGGUCCAGAAUGGUUCCACCUCAUUCCAAGUGUCUGGAGGCACAUAUGUGUCAUUUUGUGCCAACCCACUGGACUACAGGAUGUGACAAUCCAGGAUGAAUGAUCAGUUUGAUAUCCCACAGGUUAAUUUUGCCCAUGAAUGGCCAUUGACUUCAGAGAUCUCUACAUGACCUAUGUUGUUUAAAUAAAUUGAUUCCAUUUACUUACAUCCUCUGACUCAAAGACAUGGCAGAUCAUUUUGUACUGUUUCUUUCCCUCCUGGGCACCAGGAGUGGUUUCAAUGCAGUCCUGGGAGGCGGAUCUGGGCAUGCGGCGCCGCGCCAUCAGCACCACGAUGUUCCCGAUGUCAGCAAUGUAGGAGAUGGUGCGCAGCGCGUGGUCCAUCAUUGUUUCCUGCACAAAGCAAGGACAAACAAAGCCGUUCCCCAUGCCUGCUGCUCUCCUACAAAUACUGCAGCUCCCCUCUCCUUGACAGCCUGCUGCUUGAGAAAGACAGAAGCUACAGAAGCACUUCCUAUGGGCCCAGACCGGAUAUUCCCUCGGCAAUAGAUGGGCCCCAACUCCCAAUGGAAGCAGAGUGGCUGUUCAAGACAUUGGCUUCAAUGGAAGUGUUGCCUGAGCAAAUACAGCAUGGUGACUACUGUAAAGCAAGAAUGAAGAGCUGUGCUACUGUUUUGUAUAUAUUUUCAUGCUGUUGGAAAAUUAUGUUAUUUCUUUACACAUUUUGCCAUUGUAAAGAUGAACUGUUCUUAAACAGAAAAGGCACAUCUGAAAACUGCUUCUAGCUGGGGUCACCAGUCAGUUUGGAGUUUUUCCAGGAUUUUAUCUAUUGCUCAAACUAGAAACAACCAGAAGCAUAAUAGUUUUACUGAUCAAACUAGUUGAGGAUGUGUCCUGACCAUCUCUGUCCCUCAUCCUGAACAGCUAAAAGCAUCCACCAAAUUCUGUCUGAAUUGGAACAAAAAAAUGUGGUAUGAGAUAGUUCACAAUUUUAGUAAUUUAUAUAAGCAGCAGCAUUCUUUAUAUAAACAGCUUGGCACUAGUUUAGCAUUAGUUGAACAAUUUUCUAAGGUCUAAGGAAGAAGUAUUGUUUUUCAAGUCAACAAAAGUAAUUGUUCUAAGAAUUUCAGUACAAUUUAACUUGUCAGAGAAAACUAUAAAUUAUCAUUGUUUCUUAGAACCACUUGUCUUGCUGAAGAUAAUCACUACCCCUAAAAUUACUGUAAUGAUUCUUCUCAGGCUUGAAGUAAUGCUUAUCCCUAACCUACAAAAAGUAAUGAUGGUUAAGAGGUGGUUUGGGGAGUGUCUCUAAGGGCUGUGGGUACUCAGGAGGAUUUACAGCACUUCUGUCAGAAUGGAGAAAUGUUUUAUAAUGGACAUCUCUCAGCAGGAUGUUGGGAGCUCUGCAGAGAUAAUUGCUUUUCAGCAGUGUGCACCAAGUAUUGUAUAAGGGUGUAAUCAUACAUGUAGUGUGCACAAGAGUGAAUGCACUGGGAAAAUGAAGGCAUUUAAUCUCACCUGCCAAGAAAGGCUUUCUGCCCAUAUCAUCACAUAGAGGUUACUCAAAGGGUUUGGGUUUUUUUUUUUUUAUCUCUUGUAUGGGUGAAAGCAAUCAUUCCCCCCACCCCUCCCAUAUUUUUCCUGUCUAAUGCACUUACAAUUAGGAAUAAGGCAAAUACUAUCUAGUGACUGUAAACAUGUGUUUAUUUUCUACUUACUUUUUCCUUUCUCACUCCAUAUUCCAUUAUACUUUGUCUUCCAUUACCAAUAUCUCUUUUUCACCGCCUCCUUUAUUACUUUCCCAUAAAUCCCUCCACCUCUGCCCAUUUGCCUCCCUAUUCUUUCCCUUAUCCCUUUUCUAGUCCUGUCCAUUCCAUCCUUACUAUCCUUAGAUUUGUCCUUAGAAAUUCAGCCUCUCUCAGCCUUUUCUGAAACCACUGUUCUCUUCUCCUGUCUAGAUCGCCCUUUCUCAGAUUCUUCUCCAUGCAAUUCUUUUAGAAUCUUGUUUGUUGCUUCUCUUGAAACCCAAAGAACAGCUGAAGGAGAAAACCUAAGCAUUCCUCCAAGCUUUAAAGUGCUGUAGUCCCGUGGGAGUGUGAAUUAGACAGCCUAAUGAGUCAGGCGAUUUUAUGGAGCCAAUCACGCACCAGAGGCUCUGCACAUACACAUUUGCGAGCUCUACAUCUUUAUUUUUCUUUCCUCAUUUUCCCAGUUGCUGCACUCCCAGCUUCUCUUCACUGACUGAGCAAGAAGCUGGGAGAGGUUCUGCUAGUUUGCGGCACUGAGUGCAACUCCACAAAGCUGUGGCACAGGGAAGAAUUCCUCUCCUGUCAACAAGGCACAUGGCCAACCCUAAGGCUGCUCCUACUGCGUCCCUACUACACAGGUGCUCGACUUGGGCUGAACGUAUUCAGCAAGUAAAUGCAUAAGCAACUAAAAAGUGGCAGGGGUGCCAUUUCCUAGUGCUGCUGAGGGCAACAGAAUCACCACUGCUGGCUCUCUUCCAGCCUGGGAAUACACCUGACUGGUGCUGCUCAGCAUUUUGAACCUUGCUGCGUGUUAUUUUUCUGAAUGGGAAUUUUACAUUUUCAUUCAGCUGUUACCUCACGUGAGCUAUACAACACUACAGAUGGGUUAAAACCCAUGGCACACGCAUAAAUAGGGUUUAUGUAAUUGAUAAAGCCAUGGAAGUACAGAUUGUCUCUGCCAGCUGCCACCCCAGCUGAAAUAGACCCAUGGUAAUUACGCCAGUCAGGAACUUCACUAGCAGUGAAAAGUGUUACCAAGCCAAAAAUGCUAAAAGUCAUGGACAUAAUUCUGUUACAGCUCUCUGAAAGACACACUGUAAAAAAACCCCAAACAAAACCAAACCAACAAAUAAAAAACACCACCAAAACCCCAGGGCAAGCCCUAGAGAGCCUGGAAUUAGAACAAUUUCCACUAUUACUAUUUUCAUCUGGUUGAACAGCUCAGAUAUGACACCAUUCAUCAUGGAGCAUUGCAUUUUGCAUCACUACAAAUCUCAGGGGAUCAGCAGAGUAAGAUGACAGUUCCUUUGACAGUGUUUAUGGACUACUUCAAAAGACCUUCCCUUUUUAUUUUUAAAAGGAUUGGUAUUCAGCUGAAAUGUUGAACUAUUUAAAGUAAGAAGAGUAACUUCCACCAAGACUAGUCCUUACUCAGCGAAGAGACCGUACCUAUUAACUGCCGUACAUUCAAUCUACAAACUGUAGCUGUUCAUUUAUCAAUAACUGUCUGUAGUCAUCUUUACAUUGAUGAUUAUGAGCAUUUUAUUUUCUGCUAAUGCAAAAAGUAGUUAUCAGCUUUGAUAACAUAAUCUCUGGAUGAUGCAUGUUUACCAUGAGGUCAAAAAAAGGCUGAGCCAUAACCAAUAGUGGUAUUGCUUAUGGUGGAUGAAAUGCAGUUUCAGGAUGAUUUAUGGAUGGCAGGUUCUAAAUAUUGCUGCCCAUGUUAAGAUGGGCUGUUCCACUCGUCUGGUGCAUCUCUUGGGAGUUCUAGUGGCAUGUUAAGGAUAUCUGCUUAUAUUAAAAGAAAAAUAAUCCUUUUCCUGGACAUACUGUCAUUACCCUCAGAUUAAAGGAUAGUAAUGUUCUCCUAAAUUUCAGGAAGAAGAAGGUGCUUCAUAGUUUCCACUGUUAAAAAACCAAAUUAUAUAACAAUUAAAACCAAAACCCUAAAUGUAGAGUGCUACAUUUAUCUUUGCUUAAGUGUCUCCUAUCGUUUCAGCUCAUUUAUUCAUUUAGCCAUAUUUCUGAACUCUGAUCUGAUACACCAAUUUUCAAGUUCAAUAACCAUUUUCUCUUGUUUGUGAAAAUAUUGAACAGUACUACACUAGAGAAACAUGCUUGUGAGUCUCCCUCUGCUUUCUCUUUACAUUGCCACACAGAUAGCAAUAUAUCAGACAUAACACCAUUCUGAAGUUAUUAAGCCUGCUUCUAUCUCUUUCAUCUAGAUCAUAUAAUCUAGAAAAUAUAUGAUACUAAAGCCUUAUUUAAGUGAAGAGAUGACGUGCUGCUUCUGUGCCAUGGACAAAUAUAUUCCGAAACAGAAGAAAACGAUUGAUUUGACAUUAUUUACUUCUGACAAAACGUUGUUAAAAUUGCCCUUUUCAAUGCCUCUCAUUAGAAUGAAAAUUUGAAGACUUUCUGUAAGUAUGAUCAAAGUUAAGAGAUCUUCUGAGAUUACUAGAAAUUAUAUGUAUUUAGUUGUAAAUUCCUCAAAAACUCCUUUUUAUGAAGAUCACCUCUUGUUGAACAUACAAGCAUUCCUAGAAGAUGAGGCUGAUCAUUGCUGUGGUCUCCAGAUGCUGCUUUUAUAUCAAUAGUUAAGAACUUACCUUAGGCAAGAGGAUGGCAAUUUAUGGAAAAAAAUUGAGAUUAAUUGUUAAAAAUGGAAAGAUAUGAAUGGCUAAGUCUAAGCAGAAAAUGACUUCCCUGUUGGACUGUAAAUCUGGGUUCUGAAACUGUUCCAGAGGAAUGGUGUGCAUGCGUUCUGAAAGGCUUUUGAAUCUUUUUUUAAAUUGAAUUAUAGCUCAAUUAUAGCAACAUGCAGACAUCUUCCAACACAUUAAAUAAGCAAAACUGGUGUUAGUCUUACUGUAGUGGCAAUUUUUAGAACAAUAGGAGCUCUUUCUGAAUACUCAGUACCUGAAUUUAUCCAAGUUCAGUAGUGUCCCACUAAUCGUGUAAGAGCAUGGUCUAACUCAACAUUAUUCUCAAAGAGUUUAAAUCCAACUUACCUGUGUGUCUGCAUUUAAAACUUUGAUUCUCUGUGUGGAGAUGAACAGAUCCACUUCAGUCAAGGCCUGGGAAUCUCCCUCUGAAGUCUAAAAGACAGAUACUUUGUUACAAUGGGAUUUUUAAUUUUCUUUUCAGAAUGACAAAUUCACUGACUGCUUCAAGCAUAAUGUGAUGUGAGGCAACUGCACUUUAAACCACUACAGAGAUGGCUAUUCAAAGGUGUUUCUAAAGACAUGCAAAGAGUACAUUUAUUGCAUAGACAGAGUGAAGCCUACUCUGAUUUUCUGGGUAAGAGGGAAUUUGGAGUCCGUGGGACUGACAGCUCAAAUAUUAAAAUUCUCUGUUUAUAGCCAAAACAGGAGAAAAAGUAUGGCUGUUUUUUCCUCACUUUCUCACUGAUGCACUUCAGUACUUGAGGCACCAGACUUAAAAAAGUAGGAGAACUGAGAAAGUGACUUAGGCCCCAUCAGCUGUUUAGCCCUUGCUGCUUUCAGUGAGCUCACCAAAAAAAGUGCAAACUGAUGCUCAGUACUGUGGUGGGGUUUAGGACUUUUUUUUUAUAGCUUUUUUGGUUUUUUCCUAGAAAAUAAAGAACUGAGCACUGAACUAAUGUUUCUGUCAUAUCACAGAAAGACAUCAGGUGACUUUUAGACCACAACUUCUGAGCACUGCUCACUAGGGAAACACUUCCAUACCCCAUCAGAGGGCACGGUCACAGAGUAAGAGGGAUUACAGUGCAAUGCCACACUCCAAAGUGUGAGUCCUGGCUCUGUCCACCUGAGAAAGCAGGAGACGAGGUGGCAAAGCAGCUGCUACCUCUCACUGAAGCGUUGUCCAAGAGCUGCCAUAAUUCUCUAGUCCAGCAGGAACAUAUGUGGUCCUCCAGGCUGCUUGGCCACACAGCACCACUGCAACGGGUACCGAGCAGCACCUGUGGCAGCGGCCUCAGAAUGAAAUGGCCACAGAUUGUCUCAGCCUGGGCUAAAGCCAGGCACCAGUCUCCAGGUCAGACACCGGCUCAUGAUGAGAAUGAUGUAUUUUCUAUUCUUUUUUGGAGUUAUAAAGGCUUAGCUAUGCCUACAAUUCAUUCGGAUUAAUUUUAUUUGAAUUAUCUUACAGCAAAAUACAAAGCAAGCACAUACUUUGGCAGAGACUACUUGUAUUGCUUCCAUCCUUUUGGUGAUAUUUUUGUCAACUGUAUUUAGUUAUCUGAAAUAUUGUUUUUAACUGAGUGCAAUGUUUCCUGUAUGAAUUGUUCCAGCUACUAUGUGGUGAAUUUAUUUUGGUUUUAAAUGUCAACAAUAAUUUAAUAAAUAUACAGUAAGUCACAA